CCUCGACCACAGGCCGGUGGGGCGCAUGUAUGCUCCGUACGUGGCGGUCAGCAGCGAGGGCGGUGCGCUCACCAGUCAGCAGGCGAUAGCGCUCGUCAUUGUCUGGGCCGAGCCCAUUACGGGCCUGGCCACCAGCCAAUUCAAGGUGAGCGGGCCGGCCACUGCCAGCGUGGCUGCUCUGAAGCUUCUGCGCGGGACGUCCUCCUACUACCACCUUCUUGUCAACCUUCCCGCUGACUACACCGGCUCCGUCAGCAUCACUUUCACCGGACAAGUGAAGGAUGCGUCAGGCAAUGUGAAUAUCCCGCUCCAAGCACUGCAGUUCACCAAGACAACAGACUCGCUCCUGGAGCCGACAUCUUUCAGGAUAUUGAAGUCUCCCGGUCUGCUGGCGCUCACAUGACACAAGCCUGGAUAUGCCAGCUGCCUUUAUGACAUGAAGGAGGAUAAUCGCUUUCAGUGAACGGGCAGCUGCAGCACGCAUCAAACAGUCGGGCAAGCUUGAUGCCCAGGCGGGCAACGGCCCAUCCUGAUGAUGUUGAUGUUGAUGUCAACAUCAACUUUGAUGCUGUGCCUACUCGCUAUUGAAUCAGCCUUUGCCUUUAGGCUCAAGAGAGUGUUUGGCAGUGCCUGGAAUGUCUAAGGUACAGCCAUGCAUGUAAUCAUUCGAGGCCUGUGAUCAUGAACUUGUUGCAACAUUCUGAAUUGGAUUUAGCUAAGAUCUAUAGAUUGUAC